GACAGAACCCAAGGGAAUGAUUCCAGGCGUGGGUUUGAGGAACGGCCGCAGUUUCUUCGGUCAUCCAAAGCUCUGUUUACACCGCUCUCUCUUCACCGGUCGAAACAGAUUCAUUCCAGCUCUUUACUCCUGAAGCGCUGAUGCGCACUACUGGAGACGUAGCUUAGGAGGUGGAGAGCACGGUGCCCUAGGGGAUUCAACUUAGCACGAAGGAGGAUUCAUUGCUGAGGGUUUGGAGCCUGUCCCACCUGAACCUGUGCUUUCCUGGCAUCUUCUGGGCUCCCUGUGCAUAUCUGAACUCGUUAAGAACAAGAUGAAGGCGGAUAAGGCAGUGGAGGAUGUAGGAGAAUCUGCGAAGGUUGCAGGAGGCGUCACCUUCGAAUGGCUAAGACAGGCUGAAGACGCAAGUUUACUGACAACUCCGGCGCGUCCUACUGCUACUGACCAUGGUGAUUCUUCCUUCAGCGUAAUCGAAGAGUUCAAUUACUGGCGUAUGCAACCUGACCUUGCUGAAGCGGUAGCAGCUAUCAAGGCGCUGACAGCUGUUAUCAGACGCAGCCAGGCAUCCACUAUGAUGGGUCUCGAGAUUGAGCUCAAGAACGCCUCAGAGGCCCUCAAGGCUUGGGAUGAAACCUCUAUACCACUCUCUGCAGGCUGCGACCUUUUUUUGCGGUAUGUCACACGAACGACUGCACUAGAGUAUGAGGACAUUCGGGCUGGCAAAGCACGUUUAAUUGAGCGUGGGGAAAGGUUUGGUGAAAUAUCUCAGAAGGCUCGACGAACGAUUGCAAUGCUUGGACAAGAUUUUAUUCUAAAUGGAUCGACCAUCCUGACACAUGGAUUUUCAAGAGUGGUGCUGAACUUGCUGAAACUGGCGGCAUCAAAUGGGAAACAUUUCAACGUCAUUUGCACAGAAGGAAGGCCUGACAAUACAGGUGCAAAGGUGGCAAUUGAGCUACUAGCAGCUGGCAUUCCGGUUACUUUAAUCCUGGAUUCUGGUGUAGGCUAUAUGAUGGAGAAGGUAGACAUGUUAUUGGUUGGUGCUGAAGGUGUUGUUGAAAGUGGUGGUAUCAUCAAUUAUAUUGGUACCUUCCAAUCUGCAUUAGUUGCACGUUCUAUGAACAAGCCUGUCUAUGUUGCUGCAGAAAGCUAUAAGUUCGCAAGACUCUAUCCACUGGAACAGAGAGACUUGGGUCCAUCACCUUGUCAUGUGGAAUUUGUGGAGCCAGUUCCAGAAGAUGCUAAAGUGGAAAAUACCGCCAGAGACUACACACCUCCGAAUUAUCUUACGCUUUUGUUCACAGACUUAGGAGUGCUUACCCCAUCCGCAGUCAGUGACGAGCUCAUACAACUGUAUCUUUAGGGACUAGAUUUGGAGCGUCCGUUCUGCUUCAGUAGUCAGCUUGUACUUGACGCCAAGUUCGGCGUGCCUUGCAAUUUUGUCAAUACAAGAAUUGAGUUCGAAUGG